AUGGCUGGUGAAAAAGAAAUCAAGUCUCCCGAAGCCUUGCCUGUGUCUCCUUCACCAACGCCGCCACAAUCUGCUCAUUCUCAUCAUAACCGGAGUAAGAAAUUGGGUGUCUACUUCAUCGAGUCUGACGACAGGCGGACAGCUUUCGGUGGUGGUUACAUUGGAGGAGCUACACCUGUUAAUAUACAUGGAAAGCCAAUCCCUGUUUCCACUAUAUCAAAGACUGGCGGCUGGAUUGCAGCAUUCUUCAUCUUUGGGAAUGAAAUGGCAGAGAGAAUGGCUUACUUUGGGCUAUCGGUCAACAUGGUUGUGUUUAUGUUCUAUGUGAUGCACCGCCCCUUCUCAAGUUCUGCCAAUGCAGUCAAUAAUUUCCUCGGGAUAUCACAGGUCUCCUCCGUCCUUGGUGGUUUUCUUGCUGAUGCCUACCUGGGUAGAUACUGGACCAUUGCCAUCUUCACAACAAUCUACCUUGCGGGCUUAACAGGAAUAACCCUUUGUGCAACAAUGAAAAUGUUUGUGCCAAAUCAAGACCAGUGCGACCAGAUAGCCUUACUAUUGGGUAAUUGUGAACCAGCAAAGUCAUGGCAGAUGCUUUACCUCUACACAGUACUCUAUGUGACUGGGUUUGGUGCAGCUGGUAUUAGGCCAUGCGUCUCUUCUUUUGGCGCUGAUCAGUUCGAUGAGAGGAGUAGAGAUUACCAAGCCCACCUAGACCGGUUCUUUAACUUCUUCUAUCUAUCUGUUACCCUCGGUGCGAUCAUCGCCUUCACAGCUGUCGUCUACAUCCAAAUGCAGCAUGGAUGGGGUUCUGCAUUUGGUUCCUUGGCAAUCGCCAUGGCCAUAUCCAACUUGGUUUUCUUUCUAGGUACACCCUUAUACAGGCACAGAUUACCAGGAGGCAGCCCUCUGACUCGGGUGGCUCAGGUUCUGGUGGCUGCAUUUCGGAAGAGGAAUGCUUCUUUUGAUAGUGGUGAUUUUGUAGGCUUGUAUGAACUUCCUGGGAAAAGGUCUGCUAUAAAAGGAAGCAGCAAGAUCGCUCAUACUGAUGAUUUCAGAUGUUUGGACAAAGCUGCUCUACAGCUAAAAGAAGAUAGCGCUGAUCCAAGUCCCUGGCGGCUUUGCACUGUAACCCAAGUCGAAGAAGUUAAAAUUCUCAUGAAACUGAUUCCGAUUCCAGCAUGCACUAUAAUGCUCAAUUUGAUAUUGACAGAAUUCCUCACUCUCUCAGUGCAGCAAGCAUAUACAUUGAAUACUCAAAUGGGCAGUUUGAAGCUCCCUGUAACUUGUAUGCCGGUAUUUCCUUGUAUCAGCAUAUUUCUACUACUCUCCUUGUACUAUUCAGUCUUUGUCCCCCUGUGCCGGCGAAUCACAGGUCACCCCCACGGCGCUUCUCAGCUCCAAAGGGUUGGGAUUGGUUUGGCAGUUUCCAUCUUGUCAGUGGCAUGGGCCGGGGUAUUUGAGAGGUACAGGAGAAACUAUGCCAUAAAACAGGGGUUUGAAGUCAGUUUCCUGACUCCUAUGCCGGACUUAAGCGCAUACUGGUUGUUGAUUCAGUACUGUCUAAUUGGGAUUGCUGAAGUCUUCUGUAUUGUCGGGUUGCUGGAAUUUCUGUAUGAAGAAGCUCCCGAUGCCAUGAGAAGUAUCGGUUCUGCUUACGCAGCAGUAGCUGGAGGCCUAGGUUGCUUUGCCGCUUCUAUAUUGAACAGCAUCGUGAAAUCUGCAACGGGGAGUGCAGAAAACAGAGAACAAUCAUGGCUUUCUCAGAACAUAAACACGGGGCGGUUCGACUACUUCUAUUGGCUUCUUACAGUGUUGGCUGUGAUCAACUUUGCUGCCUUUCUGUACACAGCACGUAGAUAUCAGUACAGGAAAAAGGAAGGGAUUGAGAUGAAGGAACUACCAAACGUACAACUACAAUCUACUCAUCCUUGA